UUGAACAGCCGCCACACGCAAUAGUUAUUAGUUGUGCUAUAGUUACUUGGAAAAGAAUAGCGUCUCACAUAAAUAUUCUGAAUGGUACUCGUUAUCGUUCUGUUUUGGUACAUCAAUACUUGAAGUAGACCGUUAUUGUGACUGCUAAGCUGGUCGUAGGAAAACGUUUUUUUCCAACAGUGGAACAUCCAACAUGAUGAAUUCAACAGCAAUCCCUUCCCAUGCGGAGGUUCUUUCACAAGAGCUAAAGAAUCGAAGUCUUGGACUGAUGGUGAUCGAACUAAUAUCGUAUAUGUUAUUGAUGUUAGUUACAAUCGUCGGCAACACCUUAGUACUAUGGAUUGUCUACAAAAAACGUCAUGAAAAUAGAAUGACGUAUUAUCUUAUUGGAUCUUUAGCAGCAUCGGACCUCUGUUUAGUUCUAUUCGCGGGAUGGGAGUUGGUAGCAGCAUUGUCAGUCAGUCGAUGGCCAUUUGGUCAUGUAAUGUGUCAGUUUGAUGGGUAUAUACUCAUGGCACUGGCUUUUGCUUCUAUUUGGACCAUCACAUUAACGGCGUUUAACCGCUAUCUCAAAGUAGUGCGCCCCAAUUCGUAUCAAAAGUUUUUUUCAAAAAGUCGCACCAAAAUCAUCAUCUUAGGUUYAUGGCUGCUGUCGAUCAUGGAGCCAGUUCCAUACAUAGCUUCUGGAAAAACCUACAAAUUCCAUCCAGGUAAAGCGAUUUGCUUUCAAGAUAACGUAGUGUCGUACGCUACAUUAUUUGUGCAGUUUUACUGUUGCGUUCCCAUGGCAAUCGUAAUUGUCUGCUACUACCUGACCUUCAAAAAAAUAAGAAAUCAUCAAGCCAAGAUGAAGAACAUGAAGAAGAGUAACACAAGUGUAGCAACAGGCCCAAGCAUUGAAGAAAUCAAAGCAACUCGCACCGUCUUCCUAACAGUCGUUGGCUUCGUGCUGUGCUGGACACCCAUCAUACUUAUCGACAUUAUUGACCUCGUUCGUGGAUUUUCGUCGGCAUCUCGGCAAGUUUACAUCAUGUACACGUUGUUUGCAGCCACUUCUUCUGCAAUCAAUCCUUUCAUAUAUGGUGCUCUCGAUAGGUCCUUUAGAAAAGAGUACAAAAAAUAUCUUGGACUUUGCUGUUUAGCGUGGCGUAGUAACGGUAUAGCAGAUGAAUCUUCGCUGCCAUCUUGAAUGGACCUCUUUUUCUCUACAAGAAGACUUUACAAUCAAUCAAAACUUCUAUUGUCUAUAUAGGAUAAAUGAUUUCUAUGUACUGGAAAUCUUUAAUGAAUUAAAACCAAUUUUCGAAUGAUCCUCAAAUUUGUCAAAUUGAUAAACACAAUUGGUUUUAUUUGUAUCUAUUAAUUAAAUGUAUACUUCUUAGAAUAGUAUUUUGGAUUGGUUGCACAAACAAUAUUAGCCGUUGACCCGGCAGGGUUUUGAACCUGUUAUCAGUGCACUCCAAUGACUAAUUGAUGAGAUGACCGACAUU